GGGGCCAAAAAUUACGGAGAAAAAAAUGUGACCUUCAAUUUUAGGGUGCAAUGGCCCACGGACCUUCAUCAUCGUCACAUGGCAGUGAUGGCCUCAUGCCUCGAAUCACAGUCCAUGGUCCUGCCUCGCAUGUUGGUGCUGAACGCUCUUCCCUCACUUUUCAUGGGCUCUGAACACUAAACAGUCUCUCAAGUAGGUCCUUAAAAAGAGCCUCCUACCCGCUACUCACACUACUACCAGUCAGUUUAGUUACAAUGUUUUCUUCUGCUAGUUCUUUCCUUUCUCUGUCUUUCUUUAAUUAUCUUCUCCUUUUGCUCCUAUGUUUCCAUCUAGUAAACUCAUCUUCUACACCCACCAAAAUUGGCAAUGGCUACCGUCUCAUCUCCCUUGAAGAAACCCCUGAUGGAGGCAUUGGUGGCCUCCUCCAAGUCAAGGAAAGGAACAACAUCUACGGUCCUGAUAUCCCCCUCUUGCAGCUCUAUGUCAAGCAUGAAACACAAGAUCGUUUAAGGGUCCAUAUUACUGAUGCAGAGAAGCAGAGAUGGGAAGUGCCGUACAAUCUCUUACCAAGAGAGCAAGCACCAGCAAUGAAGCAAACAAUAGGGAGAUCAAGAAAGAACCUAAUAACAACAGUUAAAGAAUACUCAGGCGCUGAGCUAAUUUUUAACUACAUAGCAGACCCUUUUAGUUUUUCUGUUAAGAGAAAAUCAAAUGGGCAGACCCUUUUCAAUUCAAGCUCUGAUGGGUCAAGCUCAUUUGGUGUAAUGGUGUUUAAAGACCAGUACUUGGAGAUAUCCACACAGCUGCCAAAUGAUGCUUCAUUGUAUGGUCUUGGAGAGAACACACAGCCACAUGGCAUUAAGCUAUUCCCUGGGGAUCCAUACACUCUGUAUACAACUGAUAUCUCAGCCAUUAAUCUUAAUGCUGAUUUGUAUGGGUCCCAUCCGGUGUACAUGGAUCUUAGGAACGUCAAGGGUCAGGCUUACGCUCAUGCUGUGCUGUUGUUGAAUAGCAAUGGCAUGGAUGUGUUCUACAGAGGGACUUCUUUGACGUACAAGAUUAUUGGGGGUGUUUUUGACUUCUACUUCUUUUCUGGGCCCUCUCCUCUUGCUGUUGUUGAUCAGUAUACCUCGUUGAUUGGCAGACCAGCUGCAAUGCCUUACUGGGCUUUUGGGUUCCACCAGUGUAGAUGGGGUUACCAUAACCUGUCUGUGGUUGAAGAUGUUGUCGAGAACUACAAAAGGGCUCAAAUCCCGCUUGACGUCAUCUGGAACGAUGAUGAUCACAUGGAUGGCCACAAGGACUUUACCCUCAACCCCAAUAACUAUCCCCGCCCAAAGCUCCUCGCAUUCCUAGAAAAAAUACAUAGCAUUGGGAUGAAGUAUAUUGUCCUUAUUGAUCCUGGAAUUGGUGUGAAUUCCAGUUAUGGUGUGUACCAAAGAGGCAUUGCCAAUGAUGUGUUUAUCAAGUAUCAGGGUGAGCCCUACCUAGCUCAAGUUUGGCCUGGAGCUGUUAACUUUCCUGACUUUCUCAAUCCAAAAACUGUUGAAUGGUGGGGUGAUGAAAUUCGUCGAUUCCAUGAACUCGUCCCUGUCGAUGGUCUUUGGAUUGACAUGAAUGAAGCUUCAAAUUUUUGUUCGGGACUGUGCAAAAUCCCAAAGGACAAGCAGUGUCCAAGUGGAACUGGACCAGGUUGGGACUGUUGCUUGGAUUGCAAAAACAUAACAGAAACAAGAUGGGAUGAUCCGCCUUACAAGAUAAACGCUUCAGGAUUGCAGGUUCCAAUAGGGUACAAAACCAUAGCAACCAGUGCAGUUCACUACAAUGGUGUUUUGGAGUAUGAUGCUCAUAGCAUAUAUGGAUUCUCUCAAGCCAUUGCUACCCACAAGGCCCUUCAAGGCCUUGAAGGCAAGAGGCCAUUUAUAUUAUCACGCUCCACUUAUGUUGGAUCAGGCAAAUAUGCUGCUCACUGGACCGGUGAUAACAAAGGCACUUGGGAGGAUUUGAAAUAUUCUAUUUCUACUAUGAUAAAUUUUGGUAUUUUUGGGGUACCGAUGGUUGGAUCAGAUAUAUGUGGCUUUUAUCCUGCACCCACAGAAGAGCUUUGCAACAGGUGGAUCGAGGUGGGUGCUUUCUAUCCCUUCUCUAGGGAUCAUGCGAACUAUUAUUCCCCAAGGCAGGAGCUUUAUCAAUGGGACUCAGUAGCCAAAUCCGCUAGAAAUGCACUUGGCAUGAGGUAUAAGAUUCUUCCUUAUCUGUACACACUGAAUUACGAGGCUCAUACCACCGGGGCCCCAAUUGCCAGACCACUUUUCUUCUCAUUCCCAGAUUACACUGAAUGUUACGGGUUGAGCACUCAGUUUUUGCUUGGAAGUAGCCUCAUGAUAUCUCCGGUGCUUGAGCAAGGAAAAUCACAGGUUAAAGCACUCUUUCCUCCUGGUAGUUGGUACAACAUGUUCGAUAUGACACAGAGCAUUACAUCAGAAGGAGGGCAGUACGUUACUCUUGAUGCACCCUUGCAUGUAGUUAAUGUGCAUUUGUAUCAAAAUUCAAUCCUACCCAUGCAACAGGGUGGGUUAAUUUCUAAGGAAGCCAGAAUGACACCUUUUACGCUUUUAGUCAGCUUCCCUGCAGGCGCUACUGAUGGAAAAGCCGCAGGGAAACUUUUCCUUGAUGACGAUGAGCUCCAAGAAAUGAAACUGGGAAGCGGAUCUGCAACAUAUGUAGAUUUCUAUGCAACUGUAAGUGAAGGAACUGUAAAAUUGUGGUCAGAAGUUCAGGAGAGCAAGUUUGCUUUGGACAAGGGUUGGAAAAUUAUCAAGGUAACAGUGUUGGGAUUGGGUGGAAGCGGAGCACCAUCUUCCCUGGAGUUUGAUGGGAAGCCAGUGACUGGUGCUUCAAACAUCGAGUUAAGCUCAUUAGAGCAGACAUAUAUUACGAACCUAGAAGUUGGUGAUGCAAAGAAGAAGAUAAUGAUGGUAGAAGUUGAUGGUUUAGAAAUUCCUGUUGGCAAAAACUUUGCUGUGUCCUGGAAAAUGGGGGUCAGUGGUUGAGCAUUCAAAAGGUUCAUUACAUGUAUUUCGGAUUACGUAUUGAAUUACAUGUAUUUCGGAUUACGUAUUGAAAUGGUAAUAUUCCAUCUAAUUAGAUUGUUGAUGCA